CAUCAUGCCCCUCAUCACAUUAUCAUUCUUAGUUUACUGAUUGAGCUAUCAAUUUUUUUUUUUUAUUAUUAUAAGAUAACAAGAAGCAGCAACAUAACGAAUUGGACUAUAUACAUACCACCACAAAAAAUAUGCCAUCUUCACCAGAAAAUGUGACACAAAAAUGGCCAUCAUAUUCAAACCUCAUGCAAGAUGCCCUUUCAGAGAUAAAAUUGCAAAGAGGAAUAUUACUUCCUUUGAUAGCUAUGAACUUCACAUGGUUUGCAAAAACAGCCGUCACAACUGCAUUUCUUGGAAGGCUUGGAGAUCUUUAUUUAGCUGGUGGCACACUUGGUUUUACGUUCGCGAAUGUGACCGGAUUUUCAGUCUUGAAUGGCCUUUGUGGUGCCAUGGAGCCAAUUUGUGGACAAGCUUUUGGGGCCAAAAACUAUAAACUUCUUCACAAGACCCUUGUAAUGACUACUUUAUUUUUACUACUAACUAGCCUGCCUAUUUCUUUCUUGUGGAUUAAUAUUGAUAAAAUCCUAAUUCACUUUGGCCAACAAGAAGACAUUUCAGUUGUAGCCAAAAAGUAUGUCACAUAUCUCCUCCCUGAUUUGGUUAUCACCUCUUUGUUAUGCCCUUUGAAAGCUUAUUUAAGUACACAAAAUAUUACAAUCCCAAUUAUGUUGAGCUCAGCUUUAGCAGUUGCUUGUCAUGUACCAAUAACCAUGUUGCUUUCAAGAACUAAAGGGAUAGUUGGAGUUUCAAUGGCAAAUUGGAUAACAAACUUCUUGAUCAUGAUUUUGUUGGCUAUUUAUGUUGUGAUCGCGGAGAAGAAAAAGGGUGGAAAAUGGAAAGAAGGAGGAUGGUGGGAACAAGGAUAUCGCGAUUGGAUCCGAUUGCUCAAAUUAUGUGGACCAUGUUGUCUUACUACUUGCCUAGAAUGGUGGUGCUAUGAAAUCUUGGUUCUAUUUACAGGGCACCUACCAAAUGCUAAACAAGCAAUUGGUGUUAUAGCCAUUGUAUUGAAUUUCGAUUACUUGCUUUUCUCUGUUAUGCUUUCGUUAUCAACGUGUGCAUCCAUUCGUGUGUCUAAUGAGCUUGGUGCAGAUAGUCCUGGCCUUGCUUAUCGUGCAGCCUAUGUAUCGUUAGCUAUGAGCAUCGUCUCAGGUUUUCUUGGUGGCUCUGUUAUGGCAGGUGCAAGAGGAAUUUGGGGGCCAUUGUUUAGCCAUGACAAGGGGAUUAUAAGUGGUGUUAAGAGGAUUAUGUUGCUAAUGGCAUUACUUGAAGUGGUUAAUUUUCCAUUAGCAGUUUGUGGAGGUAUCGUUCGCGGAACAGCUAGGCCAUGGCUAGGGACAUAUGCAAAUAUUUUUGGAUUUUACCUGUUGGCAUUGCCAUUAGGUGUGGUUUUGGCUUUCAAGAUUCAUCUUGGUUUAACUGGAUUAUUAACAGGGUUUGUGGUUGGUGUAGCUUUUUGUUUUGCCUUGUUGUUGGUGUUUAUUGUUAGGAUUGAUUGGAUUCAAGAAGCUAAAAAGGCACAAGUACUUUCUUGUAACCUUGAAGAAAUUGCUAAAGAUGACGAUAGAAAUUAAAAUUUCACAAGUGGUUACAACGUAAGGCUCAGAGGCAGACCUAAGGUAGGUUCAGUGGGUUCAACUGAACACAUUGCUUUUGACUCGAAUUAUGUAUACAUAUGUAAAAAGUUUAUUCUAAAUCCUGAAUUCGCAUCUGCCAACAAUUAUUCUUAGACGAAUAUUUCAAUGUGGAUUGGGAACUACUAUAGUAAGUGGCUUUUAACUCGAAUUAUGUAUACAUAUGUAGAAAAGUUUAUUCUGAAUU